AGUAGCCGUAGUCGGUCGGAGCGCCGGCGGUGGGGGAUUCUGGGAGAAGAUGGCGGCCGCCGUUCACCCUCGGGUUGUCCGGGCCCUGCCAAUGUCACGUUCUUCUAUUACUGCAAUAGCCACAUCCGUGUUUCAUGGCCCACCCCAGCGCCAGCUUCAUCAUGCACUCAUACCUCAUGGGAAAGGCGGGCGCUCCUCAGUCAGUGGGGUUGUGGCCACUGUGUUUGGAGCAACAGGAUUCCUGGGCCGAUAUGUUGUCAAUCGCCUUGGACGUAUGGGGUCACAGGUGAUCAUACCCUAUCGGUGUGAUACAUAUGACAUCAUGUACCUUCGUCCCAUGGGUGACCUGGGCCAGAUUAUCUUUUUGGAAUGGAAUGGGAGAAACAAAGAUUCUAUCCGAAGAGCAGUGGAGCACAGCAAUGUGGUCAUCAAUCUCGUUGGGCGAGAUUGGGAAACCAAGAAUUUUGAUUUUGAGGAUGUUUUUGUGAAGAUUCCCCUAGCGAUUGCUCAAGUGUCCAAGGAAGCUGGAAUUGAAAAAUUCAUUCAUAUUUCCCAUCUGAAUGCUGAUAUUAAAAGCUCUUCUAGAUAUCUGAGAAAUAAGGCUCUUGGAGAGAAAGAAGUGAGAAAUGCUUUUCCAGAAGCCACUAUCAUAAAGCCAUCGGACAUCUUUGGAAGAGAGGAUAGAUUCCUCAAUCAUUUCGCAAAUAUUCGCUCAUUUGGUGGUGUACCUCUUAUUUCCAUGGGCAAGAAGACAGUGAAACAACCGGUAUAUGUUGUAGACGUAGCCAAAGGAAUUGUUAAUGCAAUUAAGGACCCAGAUGCCAGAGGGAAGACUUUUGUCUUCGUUGGGCCCAAUCGGUACCUCCUUUUUGACCUGGUGCAGUAUGUCUAUGCUGUGGCUCACAGACCCUUCCUCCCGUACCCUUUGCCACAUUUUGCCUAUCAAUUGGUGGCACGACUCUUGGAAGUGAGUCCAUUUGAGCCCUGGACCACGAGGGAUAAGGUGGAGCGGGUUCACAUCACAGACAUGACCCUGCCUCACCUCCCUGGCUUGGAGGACCUUGGUAUUCAGGCAACACCCCUGGAACUCAAGGCCAUUGAGGUGCUGCGGCGUCAUCGCAGUUACCGCUGGCUGUCUUCUGAAAUGGAAGAGGUGAAGCCAGCCAAGACUGUCGACGUUUAGUGGCUCCUGAGCUGCCCUUGGUGUUUGGUGUCAUUCAGGUCACCUGGCUAGUGACCAGCCACUUUCGUCAGAGAAUCUUGUACAUAGUGAAUAAGAUCCCUCUCUUAAAACAUCUGGGGUUAAAUUCUG